UGGAAAAAAAUUACGGGCUGCGGAGGGGAGGAUAUAGGUCACCAUGACGAGGACUUUUGUCUAUAACACUGCUUUGGUUGCCUUCAUGGCAGCCACCACCAUGACUUUCGCAGCGAUUUUCAUUCCGGACUGGGUCACUUACUCGGUCAAUUCUCCAUCGGGCGGACAUUACAGGAAGACGAUUGGGCUGCAUAAAAGCUGCUCUUCGACGAGUAAUACUUGCACACAUUUUCCACAGAAGGAAGACUGUCAUGGAAGCGACAGGUAUUUCUGUUCGAUGUGGCGGUCAGUGGGAUUCUUGAUGUCUUUUGCAGCCGUUUUGGAACUGGGUACCAUCGUUGCAUAUGUUAUAAUUCUUGGAGGUGGGAGGCAAAAGAGGGAGACUGGGUGGAAGGUGCUAGCCUUCAUGUUGGUGCUUGUUGGUAUUGUUCAGUGUGCGGGUAUGGCUAUUGUGGCCUAUCUUUUUGAUAACGAUGACCGUUUCUUCGUGGGAUGGAAGUUGGACAAGUCUUGGAUACUUUGCACUGUCAGUUGGAGCAUUGCAAUUAUUAGCGCAGCAUUGAUCUCACUCUCGGCAUUUGUGUUUCCUUCGGAAGGAGGCUACGAGCUUAUUCCCAGCGAGAGAUAUGGGCAUUAGUGGCAUGAGAGGGGGGCAUAUUUUGGCGUUGGUAUUGGUCCGAUUUGAGCAGGCGGUUUGGUACUCGUGGUAUUUACUGCAUGAUAGGCAUUGGGACGACUACUAGUCACUUCUAAAUGCUCCUGACAAAGCUCCCUCUGCUCGUUGAUGCGCUGGU